CAGCCCACUUCCAAGCCGAGGCCGCGUAGCCAACCUGCGGCCGCGGUCCCGCGCGCGCGCGCGCGCACAAAGGCUCCGACGGCGACCGGCGCCCGCGGUGGCCUCGCGCGCGCCCUAGCUCAGGCCGGGGCACCAUGCCGCGGCGCCUGCAGCAGCGGGGCGCGGGCGCCAAGGGACCGCCGGCCCCGACCUCCCGGCGCUCGCAUCCCUCCUCCGCCCCCCGGAGCCCGCCGGCGGCCACAGCCAAGCCGCUGCUGCGCUGGGACGAGGUGCCCGAUGACUUCGUGGAGUGCUUCAUCCUGUCCGGCUACCGGCGGCUGCCGUGCACCGCGCAGGAGUGCCUGGCCUCGGUGCUGAAGCCCACCAACGAGACGCUCAACUUCUGGACGCACUUCAUCCCGCUGCUGCUGUUCCUCAGUAAGUUCUGCCGCCUCUUCUUCCUGGGCGGCAGCGAUGUGCCCUUCCACCACCCCUGGCUGCUGCCGCUGUGGUGCUAUGCGUCGGGGGUGCUGCUGACCUUCGCCAUGAGCUGCACGGCGCACGUGUUCAGCUGCCUGUCGCUGCGCCUGCGCGCCGCCUUCUUCUACCUGGACUACGCUUCCAUCAGCUACUACGGCUUCGGCAGCACCGUGGCCUACUACUACUACCUGCUGCCCAGCCUGAGCCUGCUGGACGCCAGGGUCAUGACGCCGUACGUGCAGCAGCGCCUGGGCUGGCACGUGGACUGCACCCGCCUCAUCGCCGUCUACCGCGCGCUCGUGCUGCCCGUGGCCUUCGUGCUGGCCGUGGCCUGCACGGUGGCCUGCUGCAAGAGCCGCACCGACUGGUGCUCCUACCCGUUCGCCCUGCGCACCUUCGUCUUCGUCAUGCCGCUCAGCAUGGCCUGCCCCAUUAUGCUAGAGAGCUGGCUCUUCGACCUGCGAGGCGAGAACCCCACGCUCUUCGUGCACUUCUACCGCCGCUACUUCUGGCUGGUGGUGGCCGCCUUCUUCAACGUGAGCAAGAUCCCCGAGCGCAUCCAACCCGGUCUCUUCGACAUCAUCGGUCACAGCCACCAGCUCUUUCACAUCUUCACCUUCCUCAGCAUCUAUGACCAAGUGUACUACGUGGAAGAGGGCCUGCGCCAGUUCCUCCAGGCACCCCCUGCCGCGCCCACCUUCUCGGGCACAGUGGGCUACAUGCUGCUGCUGGUGGUUUGCCUAGGGCUGGUCAUCAGAAGGUUCCUGAACAGCACCGAAUUCUGCAGUAAAAAGUGAGCCUCCACCCCACCGGAGGAGGCUAUGGUUUGCCCACCUGUUUGCGUGGAGUUUCUGUUGUUAUUGUUGGUUUGUUUUCAAGUUUUGUUGUUUCCUUCUUUGCUAGAAGAGGGUGCUGCAGGCCACAGGGAAAGGUUCCCUGAUAGUUGGGGAAUCCCAAAUCCACUGGCCUUUGGGAGAGGGAGAUAGGGAUGAAGCAGAAGGAAGAGGGCCUCCGGGAAGAAAAUUAGGGACUGUCUAUGAUAUCUAGGGAUUUUGCAAAGACAGUGAGGAUUGUCUAUGAUUACAGAUAGAGCCCCAAACAGUUGGCUUUUCUAACAGUCUUCUGUGUCCCUUAGUGAAAGCAGGUAUGCAGUGAAGAGGAUAAACACAAAUCCCUGGCUGCUUCUACUGAGGUCUAGAAAUGCUUGGAUUUGUCAAAAGAAUGGCGCUUUUUUUUUUUGUUGGGAAAUGGGCACAAAGACACAAACCCUGGGCUUAGCCCGCUAGACAAUGCAUGGAAUGUGAACACAAGUUAAUUAUUUCAAAAUGUGUAUCAGAUGUUAUUUAAAUGAUAAUAUAUACAAUGAUUUUUCAUAAUUUAUUGAAGCCUGUGAGAUGCACUGAAUUUCCUUUGUCACAUAGUUUUGAUUUUGCAGCCCUUCUGCACUGCACACAUGAACUGGAACAUGAAUUAGGGCGAGCUGCUUGGGGGUUCUCAACUACAUUUUUAAACAGUGUUCUGUGAAGGCCUGUGAGUGUCAUGAUAAAACUGUGAACGACUACUUAGGGACUCUGAUUAGACUAUUGGUUAGGCUCCAGUGGUUUGUACAGGUCUCCAAUUCCUACUUACUUUAAUGUAUUCCACAAAACCCACCCUGGGUUUUUGUCUCUCUCUCUCUCUCUUUUUUAAUCUGAUUCUUUACUCUCUACUUAUUUAAGUUGCCACUAAAAUAAAUGUGCCUUUUGAAGCAAUGCC